UAUUUCUAGUCCUCCCAACAAACUGUUAUUGCCAAUUCACUUCCCUCCCCAAGUAUGGAAUUUUCAGCUAUCACCAUGGAGGAAUUAUGCAUGACCAGGGAAGGCACCGGAGGAGUAAGAAUGGGCAGGAAAAGACCAGCCUAUGAUGACACCAGACAGUUCAAAUCAAAGAACCUCAAUGCCGAGAGGCGAAGGAGGGAGAAACUCAGCAACAGGCUCCUCACCCUGCGCUCAUUAGUGCCCAUAAUCACCAAUAUGAAUAAAGCAACAAUCAUUGAGGAUGCAAUUACUUACAUCAAAACCCUGCAGAACAGUUCCAAGGUUCUAAGUGACCAGCUUCUUGAAAUGGAAGCAUCUUCUGAAGGGGAAGAAAAGCCAGUGAAGGAUGAGAUUGAUGCUGCAGAAGAGAUGAAGAAACAUGGAAUUCAGGAAGAAGUUGUGGUGAAUAACAUUGUUGAUGGGGAAAAGCUUCUGAUAAAAAUUGUUUUUGAAAAGAAAGGAGGGCGGUUCACUAAAUUGAUGGAAGCCAUGAGUUAUCUCGGAUUUGAGCUGAGUGAAACCAGUGUUACAACCUUCUCAGGAGCAAUGAUUGUUACAUCCUGUAUACAGGGCACAUAUUGUGAUAAGCUCACAGCUCAGGAGACACAGGAUUUGCUGUUGGAGAUUAUCAGAGGCAUUUAGCGACUGCACCUGAUUUUUCUAAUAACAAACUGGAGUUUGCAUUGUUAUGAUCGAAAAAGACCCGUAAUUGAAAAGGAAUUAAUAAAAGUCGGUUCUAGAU